UCUCAAUCCAGAGGCGAACUCCUCGCCGGCGUUAAUGGCGACGGCACCCCCUCCGGGGAAGCGAGCCGGUGGCGCCGGCGGAGGGGAACUGAAGAGGCUUGCGGAGAUUGUGAUGGUGCUUUCCACCAUCGGGACUGUGAGGGCAAGCCGUGAACCUUCUCCUGUGGAGUGUUCUCUGGUCGCUGAGGCGAAGGCGAGGCUGGUAUCGUUGUGCGCCGCCGAGAGGCCGAAGGAUCUCUUCCCAAAGGAUACGGUUAUGGCGUUGGUGAAGGAUCUCGGUCUCAAUAGCUCCAAUGAUCGGUCUCUGCGGUCUAGACCUCAGAGGAUGUCCAUUGCCGAGAAGUUUUUGGUUUCUAAGAGAAAGAUGGAAGAGUCCAAAGAUCUUGCUGCCCACCCUGUUGCACAUUCUUCCAUAUUUCUUCCAGUCAGUGAUAGUGUUUUUCCUGCAGCUUCUCCAGCCUCUUUGGUUAACCAACCUCAAGUUAAUGAAAAAGAAGCAGCUAUGGCUACAGAUUUACUGGCUUUGGAGGCAUCUGUUACAGCAAAGAAAGUUCAAGAAAUAACAACUCCUGGUUCCAUACUGAAGCAAGCUGCAGUUCCUGCAGCAGAACUAACAGCUGCUGAAGUAGUGUGCUUGAUCCUGGCAAAACAUUUGCCUGCUUUCGAUCCAAUUAAGAAUGAAGUUGCUCAUGGAGUCUCUUUUACACAAACACCACCUCCGGGAAAUUUACUUUUUCAGAAUGCCGUUACUGAUGAAACUAACUGGACUCCUCCAUCAACUGAUUACAUUGACAAAUCAUUGAACUGCCAGAUUUGCAAAACUACAAUCAAUGAUGUGGAAAGCUUACUAGUCUGUGAUGCUUGCGAGAGAGGAACACACAUGAAGUGUCUCCCGCCAUCUGAUAACGCAGAAUUUUCUCAAGAUGAGUGGUACUGCCCGAAAUGCCUGACCAUGAAUAGUGGCAAACCGUUUGUACCAAAGUACGGCCGUGUUAGGAGGUUUGUUGGCGCACCAAAGGCAUCUCCGCCAGCCCCUGGUCAUAGUCGGACCUCUUCGAAGAGAAGAGCUGAAAAUCCAGACCCUGCCUAGAUAGGAAAAUAGAAGAUUGACCGUUCUAAUUAGCAAUGCUGAUCAAAAGUGCUUAACCUUAGACUAAAAUACUGAUCAAUGACAUGUGCAUGGUUAAACUUUUUGUAGGUUAAUUCAGUUAUAAUCUCAAUGUAAAAUACAGGGAAGGCCUUG